UGAAGAAGGAGCACAGGGAAGCCCCCAUCAGGAUAAGAUCAAGAGACAACUGAACCAAGCAUUCAUACUGCUCAACCCAGAGACCAUCCAGCUUGGAGACAGCCCAGAUUGGCCAUACCAAGACUGUCUUGGACCAUGCAGCUGGUACUGCUGUGGGUUGUGCUCAUUACUUCAGGAGGUAUGGCCCCAAGCCAGGGGAGUCUGUUGCAGCUGAAAAAAAUGAUUAAACAGGCAACAGGAAAAAAUCUUUUAUUCAGCUAUCUGAACUACGGAUGCCACUGUGGGCUAGGGAGCAGAGGUCAACCCAAAGAUGCGACUGAUUGGUGCUGCAAGAUGCAUGACUGCUGCUAUAAAAGGCUAAUAAAACAGAAAUGUCAUGUCCUUGUGGACGGGUACAACUACAACUAUAGCGACGGAGAAUUCCAAUGCUGUGGGGCGAGCCAGUGUGAGAAGGAGCUUUGCCAGUGUGACAAGGAAUUGGCCCUCUGCCUGCGGCGAAACCUCGACAGCUACCAGAACAUCUACCGUUUCUUUUUGAAGGCUCUCUGUCAGGAUCAGAACCCAAAAUGCUAG